AUCUGCGGAGACUUCAGUUUAAGCACGGCAUUCUUGCAGCUGACGCUGCAUUCUCAGCAGUGCCCUUCUCAGGCACAGGAUGAAAGAUGGUUUAUUUUCCCUGUGAAAUGAUGGUACCUUAGGUCAUUUACAAUCAACAUUUUGAAUAGGGUCUUUUACAGAUGGAAUAUAUUGUUCUUUGUACAUGACUGGAGUGUGGUUGCCUUUCUGAUAAGCUGCAGCCAUAAAGCAAAUUUAAUCCAGAAAGGAAGACUGGCGGCAGCAAUCAUUGAAUGCGUUGUUUACUGGUGUAAUAUAUGGGCUAUUGAUACGGCGAUUGCAGAGGUGGGGGGGAAAUACAAUAGGCAACCAUGGAUUUUAGUACUUCAUCAGUGUUUGAUCAACAGAAAGGCGAUUCUGCAGAAGAAAUUGACUUGACUCUGGUAUAUCAAGCAGCAGCUAAUGGGGAUAUCAACACUUUGACGGCUGUCAUUCGUGAAGACCCCUCAAUACUAGAAUGCUGCGACAGUGAUGGCUGUACUCCCUUGAUGCACGCCGUCUCAGGACGCCAGCUUGAUACAGUGAAAUUACUGCUGAAGAUGGGAGCCAAUAUCAACACCCAAGAUGCAUGUGGCCGCACUAGUUUAUCUCUGGCAACCUACCUGGGGUGGCUGGAAGGUUGCGUCAGCCUGCUGAGAAAUGGUGCCAAACAGAACAUCCCAGAUAAAAAUGGAAGAUUGCCACUGCACGCUGCCACUGCUGAUCCCAAUGUCAGACUUUUAUCUGUGCUGCUACAGCAGUCUGAUCUCAGUGAAAUCAACCACCAAGACAAUGAGGGGAUGACAUCUCUUCACUGGGCUGCGUUCCACAAUCGACCCCAGCACACGCAAAUCCUGCUGCAUAAAGGAGCUGAUCCAGUGUUGGUGGACAAAGAUUUUAAAACAGCUCUUCACUGGGCAGUCCAGAGCGGGAAUCGGAUCCUUUGCUCUAUCAUCCUGAGCCACCGCCAGGGUCCGUCGAUCAUAAACUAUGAUGAUGAGAACGGGAAGACUUGCCUCCACAUUGCCGCCGCUGCAGGAUACAGCGACAUUAUCAGUGAGCUGGCUAGAGUCCCAGAAUGCAACCUGCAGGCCCUCGACGUGGAUGACAGGACACCUUUGCACUGGGCUGCAGCAGCAGGAAAAGAUGACUGUGUAAAGGCCUUGCUACAACUGGGGGUGGAUUGCAGCCCAAGAGACAUCAAUGAGAACACCCCCCUGACAUAUGCUAUGUACUGUGGGCACACAGCAUGCAUCAAACUGCUGUCCCAAGAGAACAGAUCUGAGUUUGUCCAUCAAGUUUCCAACCAGAACAAUAAAUUCCUGAAGAAGGAAGGCAAAUUCAGCAUGCUUAACCAAAUCUUCUGCAAAAAGAAGAAGGAGGAUUGGAAUUCAAACCCAAAAGACAAGAAAAGAGAGAGAUCCCAGAGGGACGAAACCUCGGAGGUGGAUGACAUUAUCACCACAUUUGACUGCAUUAUGGAUGCCAGCUGCAAAGGCUCCUCUGAGGAAUGUGUCACAGCGAUUGACUUCAAACGAAGAAGCGCGGACACCAAGAAGUACCUCAUCUCAGAGAAUAACCCCUCGGACUGCAAUGGUCUUCCGCCAAUAAGAGCUCAGAGUCUCCCGCCCAUUACUGUGGGUCAUUCUUUUUUAACAGCUUCUCACACGACAACCCCUAGCAUGAAUUUGGGUACUGACAUCCACCAUUUUGUACACCGGUCCCAAAAAAGCAGAAGUGAGCAUGAUUUGUCAGAUCAGAGCAGCCGUCAAACCCUGGACAAUCCUUGGAAAGUUGACACUAACCAAAUACUCACAUGUAAAGUCUGGACGGCAAUGCCUUCUGAUAAUAAACUGAUAGACGGAUUGUACGCAGAAAGAUCCAGUCAUGUGCUGUUGUGCCCUCCCCACCUGCCCCACCUGCCCAAUUCUCCAUCAGGGGAAAGCUUUCAACAAGCAAUUCUAGAACGACCCAAAGUAAAAGAACUAACACCCAUUCGGAACAACUUGGCUCCCAUACUAAACCACUGUGUUCAGAAAGCCCAGCUACCACCCAGCCAGGCUUCUCAGGGUGUCAAGGAGACGAAGUCAUUGUCUUUAAACUCCUUAAGGACUGGUGCCUCUGUUCUGCCACCAGCACUUACCACCAAAUCCCCCAAAGCAGGACUCUCUCAGAGUAAUUUGCUGUACUCUUUCUUACCAGUGCUGUCAGCAGAGCCCCUCCGAACAAGCAGAGUCCUGCCUGCCAUUCCAAGCCAGAAGGAACCCAGCCUCACAGAAGCACUUAACCAAUCGCACUGCAAAUCAAACAGUGACAAUUAGCUCAAGAAUCCAACUGGCACAU